AUGCUUUGGACAUUCAUAUUUGAUGUAAUUACUAUUGAAAAUAAAAAUGAACAAUCGAAAUUAAUUGUUAUACCUAAUAAUCAAAUAGAAUGUCAAGAAAUAUGUUCAAUUGAUUAUUGUUUUAAAUAUUCAUUAUUAAAUAAAAAUUGUACGAAAUUUAUACGUGAUCAAUGUAAUUGUUGUACUGUAUGUCUUCGAUAUGAAAAUGAAAUAUGUGGUGGAAGAUUUAAUGUAUAUGGUAUUUGUGAACAAGAUUUAUUUUGUUAUAAAUCAAAUAAAACAACAAAGAAUCUUUCUGAACAAAUGGGAAUUUGUGUAAAAGCAUGUUUAAAAUUUCAAUGUUUAUCAAUUAUUAAAAAUAAUAAAACAAUAUGUGAAUGUCUUGAUAGACGUAUACCUUGUGAUGAAAAUCUUUAUUCUAUUAUAAAUGAUAAUUGUAAACAUCAAAUAGAUCUUCAACAAGAACAUAAAUCAAGUUUUUUAAAAACUCUUAAUAUCGAAGAAUUCAUCGAUUGUUCAAAUAUCAUUUGUAAUAAUACAUCAAUUUGUCCAUCGGAUAGUCAAUUUAUUGAAAAUCAAACACCCUUACUACGAACAUCAUUAUCUCAAACAAAAAAUCUUUCAUCAAUCUGUUGUGAAUCUCGAGGUCAUUGUGUAUGUUCAUCAUGUCCAAAAGUUAUGUGUGGUGAAAAUUCUUUUAUUCAAAUAUAUCGUACAGGCAAUCCAAAUCUUCCUGGACAAUGUUGUACUCAAUUUAAUUGCAUUAAGAAUUCUCAACAAUGUCAUCAUGAUAAAAAAAUCUAUAAUGAAAAUGAAACAUGGUCAAUUGAUCAUUGUACAACAUGUACAUGUCGUGCUGGACAUGUUGAUUGUGCUAUGAUACAAUGUCCAAUUUAUACACAUUGUGGAUAUAUGUAUAAACCAGAAAAUGAAUGUUGUCCAAAAUGUGGAGGUUGUUUAAAUGAUCGUUUUCAUAUUCAACAUAUGAAUUCAACUUGGAUUGAAUCGAAUGGUUGUAUGAGAUGUUGGUGUGAAAAUGGUCAAUCACGUUGUAUAGCUGAAGGAUGUAUAGCUCCACCAUGUGAAAAUCCUCGUCAAAUUGCAAAUGUUUGUUGUCCUGUAUGUGAUGAUGAUGAUGAUGAUGAUGAUGAAGAAUAUUUACAAAAUAUUGAUACAAUAACACAAUCUAUAUCACAAACAUUAAUUUAUAAAUGUCCAAUAUUAAAUAAUUGUUUAAUUGUAUGUGAACAUGGUUUAACUAAAGAUGAACAUGGUUGUUUUCAAUGUGCUUGUUCAACCAUGUCAUGUCCAACACCAUUAUGUACACUUAAAUUUGAUAAAUUAUCAAAACAAUAUUGUUUAUGUUUACCACCAAUAAAUACAAAUUGUCAACCAUUUCAUUGUGAUAAACAUUGUCCAUAUAAUUAUUCAAUUGAUUAUAAAACUGGUUGUCCUUAUUGUGCUUGUAAUUCAUGUCCACAAUUAAUUUGUACAAAAAAUUGUACUUAUGGAUUAAAAAAAAAUGAUAUUGGUUGUUCAAUAUGUGUUUGUGAAAGUAAUUUUACUUUAAAUACAGAACUUAUAUUACAUUCAUGGUCGAAACAAUGUCUAUCAGGUUUAUUUACAUAUUCAAAUGGUGAAAUAUGGUUUGAUGGUUGUCGACAAUGUUUAUGUCAUAAAGGUGAACAAUUAUGUGCACUUAUAUCAUGUCCAACACCAAAAUGUUCACAACCUAUUAUUUUACCAAAUCGAUGUUGUCCUUCAUGUCCAGAUAUUCCUAUGUUACCAGAACCGACUCCAUCAUCACAAGUAUGUUAUGCUAGUCAAUAUGUAACUGGUGAAGAACUUGAAUUUGAUAAAUGUACAAAAUGUAUAUGUUUACAUAACAUUGCAUUUUGUAGUAUAUCAUUAUGUCCACCAUUUCCUUGUUCAUCACCAAUUCAUGAUUCUUCUUUAUGUUGUCCUACUUGUCCAAUAACAUCUGAAUCAUCAUCAUCAUCAAUAAUAGAUAUAUCAAAUACAAAUGAAGAUGUUUGUAUAUUAGAUAAUGGUAUGAUAAAAAAUGCUGGAGAAUUAUGGAAAACAAAUGAUUGUCAAUCAUGUCUUUGUCCACGUGAUAGUACUGGUCAAAUUAAAUGUUUUCCUCAAAUAUGUAAUCAACAAUUACCAUGUUCUAAUCCUGUUCUUAAAAAAGGUGAAUGUUGUCCUUUUUGUCUUCCACCAACAGCUGCUGUAGCUGUUUGUAUUUUUAAUUUUAUACAAUAUCGUUCGGGUGAACAUUGGAAUGUAAGUGAAUGUCAUCAUUGUGAAUGUUCACUUGGAACAAUUGUAUGUCAUCAACAAAAAUGUCCUACAUUAACUUGUAUACAUACGGUGACAUUAUCUGGUCAUUGUUGUCCUAUUUGUCGAGAUCAAUUAUAUUUGAUUAAUGAUCAAGGCAAACUUCGAAUAUCUUCAUCUCGUUUUGGUUUUUCAAUAAUUAUUAUAUUUUUUAUUCUCAUUCUUAUUCUUCUACUUAUUAUUAUUAUUCUUAUAUUUAUUUUAUUAAAUACAGGACGUCGAUCAAUAUCAUCAUCUAAUCACAUAUCUAAUAUAAAUCAACAUUCUCCUAAACCUUCUCAUCAUUCAACAAUAAUUAAAUCUAAAUCAUCAAAUAUAUUUUCUUAUCCAUAUGAUUUAAUGUUAAUACCAAAUGAUAUGAAAAAUACUAAACAAAUAUUACCAUCAUCAAAUAAUAAUAAUAAUAAUAAUCCAUUAACAUCAAUUGAACAAACAUCAACACAUUCAAUUAUUGGAACAAAUACAACGGGAACAAAUUCAAUAAAUAAUGAACUUGAACCAAUAACAUGGAAUGAAAAUGAUACACUUAUACUUCAUUGUGGUACAAGUAGUAAUGAUGAUGAUUAUGAACAUGAAAUAAUUAAUAGUGAUAAUGAAGAAUUUCAUCAACAAAAAUUAUCUCAUCAACAAUUUCAAAUAAUUACUGGACCACCUACUAUUAUCUAUGUUUAA